GGGGUUCGGACGAGCUACUCUCCCAGACGGCGGCCGUCAGCAAUGGCAACAUGAUGAGUCCGCAGGCCAACCACGCAGAUAACAACAAUGACGCGAAAAAGCUCAAACUGGAGAAGACGGGGGCGACCAAACCGUCUCGCGUCAUUCACAUCAGGAACAUCCCCAACGAGGUGACGGAGGCCGAGAUCAUUCACCUGGGCAUCCCCUUCGGACGCGUCACCAACGUGCUCGUGCUCAAGGGCAAGAACCAGGCGUUCCUCGAGAUGGCCGACGAGACAGCCGCCUCCACCAUGGUGCAGUACUUCACCACAUGCGUUGCCCAGCUGCGCGGCCGCGCCGUCUACGUUCAGUUCUCAAACCACCGCGAGCUCAAGACCGACCAGACCCACAGCAACGCGAACGCGUCGGCCCAGGCCGCCCUCCAGGCUGCCCAGGCGCUCUCCGGCUCGACGCCCAACGAGGUGCAGGGCGGCCCCAACACCGUGCUCAGAGUCAUCGUGGAGCACAUGGUGUACCCCGUCACCCUGGACGUGCUGCAUCAGCUAUUUUCGCGGUUCGGCAAGGUGUUGAAGAUCGUCACCUUUACCAAAAACAACUCCUUCCAAGCUCUUAUUCAGUAUCCGGACGUGGUCACAGCACAGUCUGCCAAACUGUCUCUUGACGGCCAGAACAUCUACAACUCGUGCUGCACGUUGCGCAUCGAGUACUCCAAGCUCAGCAACCUCAACGUCAAGUACAACAACGACAAGAGCAGAGACUACACCAACCCGGGGCUGCCCACUGGUGACGCGGGCAUGGAGAUGGGCUCGAUGGGUGCGCUCGGGCCCCUGGGACUGGGCAUGGCCGGCCUAGGAGCAGGUGCAGCGGGCGUGCUGGCCUCGCCCUUCGCCGCCAUGCACGGCUUGGGGUCCCCGCUGACGGGGCCGUACGGCAAUUCCGCUGUUGGAGCAGCCGCCGGCAUGCCUUUGGCAGGAUUCUCCCUCCCUGGCGCAGCCAACGCCCUGGGUGCCGCGGGUCUGCGGUUAACCGGCCAGCCCGGUGGCUCCUGCGUCCUCCUCGUCAGCAACUUGAAUGAGGAGAUGGUCACGCCUGAUGCUCUCUUUACCCUAUUCGGUGUAUAUGGGGAUGUACAACGCGUAAAGAUUCUUUAUAACAAGAAAGACAGUGCUCUUAUUCAAAUGGCUGAGCCACAUCAGGCAAACUUAGCUAUGACUCAUAUGGAUAAGCUACGAAUGUUUGGGAAGCAAAUCCGUGUAAUGCCGUCCAAGCACCUAAAUGUGCAAUUACCCAAAGAAGGCCAACCUGAUGCCGGCCUCACUAAAGACUAUACCACUUCACCACUUCAUCGUUUCAAAAAGCCUGGCUCCAAGAACUAUCAAAAUAUAUAUCCUCCAUCUGCUACAUUACACUUAUCAAACAUUCCGCCCAGUGUAUCAGAAGAAGAGAUUACAGAAGCUUUUGCAAAGAAUGGCUUUCAAGUUAAAGGAUUUAAGUUUUUCCCGUCAUUUGGUAAAUUACUGAAGGAAGAUGCAAGUGAAUCAGUCCUGGAGUUGUCUUCUGACUUGAAGGACAGAAAGAUGGCUCUCAUACAACUUUCAUCAAUGGAUGAAGCAGUCAGUGCUUUAAUUAAAAUGCACAACUAUCAACUGAGUGAACAGAAUCAUCUCCGAGUGUCUUUCUCAAAAUCUAACAUUUAAGUUGCCGUAUUGUGCUUCGUCAUCGUUUUAUGUCAUCGUUUUAUGUGACGCAAUGAGACUUACAAUGAAGUGCAGAGCCAAAAGUGGUGAGGUGGGGAGACUUAAAGUGAUGCAGCAUUAGAAAGCUAAAACAUGCAAACUUUUAAUACUUAGAUAAUUUCAAGUUGUAGUGUGAUGCCGGUGAAGUGUUACUAUGACUAAAAAAAUUAAUGUUGUUAUUGUAAGAAUGGUUUUUAGUGUAGUGCAUUGGAUGAGUUAUGACAUUUUAUUUAAAGAAAAAGAUCUCGUGUUUGAGACAUGAGUGAUGAAUGUCCAUUAUACAGUGUGUAUGUUAGGAAUGUUAAAGAUUUUACUGUUUCUUUAAUCAUGUUUUUUGAGAAAUUAUGAAAUCCGUUUUAAAAGUUAAAAUUUGAUUUUAUGUUGUGAAAAUUGUUGUUUUACCAACUGACAGUAUGAAUAUUAGACAUACCUUAAAUUUACUGAUGAUUUUUUAGUCAUCAACAGAUUUUUGCAUGACACGGUGAACUCUACUUCUUUUUUCUAUGGUAUAUUUUAGUUGGCCUUUGUUGAUAUUAAUGAAGUAUUUGUCUUGUGUAGUACAAGCAUGUAGAAUGGUAACUAUAAUAUUUUUAUAAACUAUGUGAAAUAAGUAAUCAAGUUUUACACAUCAAAUAGAUUAUGUUUCUUGUACAUUUGACUAUGUACAAUCGUUUCAAAACCAAUGAGUUUGAAAAUGGAAACAGUUAUGAUUUGAGAUGAGGCUUAUACAUUUAUUUAUUUUUAAAAUCAAAACUUGUUUCCAUGUGUCUAUGCAUUUACUUUUGAAAGUCCAUGUAGUAACUGCUGAUUUUGUUUUAGAAAAGCAGUCCAGCUUGCCAAAAAUUGGCACUUAGUAUGAUUGAGGCUUCCAGCCUAGCUACAAAAUUAAUAUGCAAAUUCAUGUGAAGACAAUUUUUGUCAAUUGUAUGGGGUUUGGGAAAGCUUAGUAUUGACAAAGUACUUCAGAUUUAUCAAUGCUCCUUUGGCUGUAGAAAGAGUGAUAGUGUGAAGACAUUUAUUGUUGCAUUGCAUGUAAUUUAAAGCAGAGAUUCACCAAAAAUAUUCUUAGGUUUAUAAGUCAAUUUCUUAUACCCUAUUAUUUAUGUUCAAAUCAUUCCAAAGGGUGCUGUCAGUAAUCUUGUUAGACAGGGAAUUGUCACAUGAAGACAUUAGAAGUUGCUUGUAUUUGUUGUUCUUAUGGUAAAACACUUUUUCAUACUACAUCUUGUAUCUCUCAGUUCAACAACGUCAGCCCUUGAAAUAAGUUUCCAUUUUGUAUUUUUGUUCAACCAGCCAUUGAGAGUCGAAGGUAUGAGUAAAAAUAUGUAUUUUAUGCCAAACUGGAUAUUCAUAAUCUAUUAAUGCAGACAUAUUAUGUUUGACAAAGUUUAAUAAAUUCAAAUGCAUAGUAAUUUAUUAUAAAUGUUAGACAGUUUUUUAGGGACUUAUUGAAUUGGUUUGUAAUACUGUUAUUAUACGGUAUAGAGAGUAUUUAGCAUAGCCUACAAUGUAGGUCAGUAGUUCCGUUAUGCUGCUUGAUGCAGUCAUCUCAUAUAAGCAAUCUCAUAUUUUCCCUUUUCUCUGUAUACCCAUCAAAAAUCUCUCUUUCUCUCUACCCCUCUCUUUCUCUUUUUCUUUUUGUCUCUUUUGGUAUCCAGGCAUGUGAUGAGGAUAUGAUUGAAGAGAGCCACUAGCAAUUUGUGAGUUUUUUAUACUUGUUCUCAGUUUACCUUUGUACCACCAAGUGUUGUUUUGACUAAAUGUGCCAAAACCUAUGCAAAUCAUUUCUGUAUCAUUUAUAUUUCCAUUCCUUUAUUUCUUUAUUUGCUGUCUAAUUUGUUAUCAUGCAUGUAAAGUAGUUGGUGGCCUCUUCACAUAUCAACACUUGUGUAAAUACUAUAUAAAAGAAAACAGUAUUGUUUGCAUAGCUUUAAAUAAUAAAAUAGUGAUAUGUUAUGAAGAUAUGAACCACAGGGUUGGUCUAUUUGGUUUUCUUGUUCCCUGAUGUAUUUAUGUAUGUAUGUAUGUAUGUAUGUAAGUAAAUGUAUGUAUGUAUAUUAUUCAGGAGGGCUGAAAAUGGACAAUCAUUAGUUUGAAAGGCCAAGAUCAGCUCCCUUUGCGCUGGAGAUAAGAAGGCAGAUUGCUGGAAGUAAUCAGAUUCCAAAGCAGACCUCUGCACACAUAUCAAUUUGUUCAAAAUCUAUGCUAUUUUUGUACCUCUUGUCAUAAAGCUAGAUGGGACAAAUUUUCAUUCUGCUGGAAUCUAUCAAGCUUUUUCCGUAAUAAAGUGUUGAAAUUGCCGUACCACAAACCGUUUCAAUAAUUAAGCGGAAACCAAAGUAGUAUUUCUAUGUGAGGCAGAAACAAAAAUUGUCAGCCAGCAAUAGAAGGGGGCUUAACUGAAGCUGUAAAAUAUCCAGAUUUAAGGAACCUGUUCAUUGUUCUCUAAUAUUGAUGUGCGAAAACUUGAAUGUUUUGAACAUCCAAUGUUUUUAACAUAAUGAGGAGUUUGGCAUUCAUCUAAUUUAAAGUUUUAAGAUGAUAGUCAAAAAUAAUCUUGUCUCUUCUACAAAAAUUAAGAGCAUGAAGAGAAGCUAAGUGGCAUGCUUUCUUGGCUGUAGCUAAGUUAUAGAAUCUCAGGACCAGUGCUAAUUAAGCCAUAUCAUGUUUUAGUGGAUUUUCUGCAAUAGACAAACCAAUUCAGUUCAUUCAAAUCUGGGUUCAGGUGUGAUUCUUAUGAAAAAUUUAUUGAUUGCUGCACUCCUUUUUACAAGAAGGAGGUGUCUUCUUUAUUUAUACUGGCUGUAUUCAGAUAGUAAUUGUUCUCUUGGACCUCAAUUUAAAGGGAUCAAAUACAACUGAGCCUUGUAGCUAGUUUGUACUAUUAUGACUUAAAGUUAGUCUAGUGGGACCCUCAAUGUGGUAGAAAAUUUGUUUUCAAUUGCCAGAGCUUUUUUUCUGUUGUUUAAAACUUUCCUAUCAUAUUUAGCAUCUCUACAUACUCAAGCUCUAUUUCUAAUUAGCAAAGGGUGCUGUACCAAAGCCCUAGUUGCUGCCUAUUAUGCUUUGGACUCCUAGUUACUGUUCUAAAGGUUCUGAAAACAAAGCAUUGUCAACUGUGUAAAAUGUCGCCCUCCACUGUUUUGUGUUCCAAUUUCUAGGUUAAUGAACGACAAAGCAACCUUUUUUGUUUUUUGUUUUUUAUUGGAGGAUGUUAGAAGCAGGGAGUGAAAGACAAGGAAUGAAUGAGAUUAUGAGUGAAUGUUGUUUGAUAGACCAUGCAUUAAGGAUAUGAUGAAAACAAGGAUGCGUCCUUUUUUUACUUUUUAUUCAUGUGUUACAUAGUGAGUAAUAGAUUGAUGCCGUGCUGUAAUGCACAUUUGUUGUUUAAAUUGUUCAAUAUUUUAUUAGGUCGAUUUUGCAGUUCAGUAUUAAAAAGGACAUGUUAAAUUUCAUUCAAUGACCAACAUUUCACCUAUUAAAAGGAAAAAGGGGUCAAAGUACUGUGUCCUAUUAAGCAAUUUGAUGAGUCUCACAUUGAGACCAAGGGUUCUGCACAUGGAUAUGCCAUGGAGACUUGUGAUGAAUGUUGAUCUAUUAUUAGAAUACUUCCUCAAAACUUCAAUCAUGCUGUCAAGCAUGCCAUCAUCUGUGUUUUCUGAGAAUAAUAAAAAAAAGGCAGAACACAA